UCUGAGAAUCGGCCAUUUUGUGAGUGUGUACUCCGAAACGGUGAUAUUUGUGUUGGGUGGGCAGGCAUUUUUCACAAAAACUAAAACCGAUGAUUUAGUCUCGGCUCCAGCAAUUAAACCGUAGCUUAAAUUGGAAUUAAAAUUACAUGUGCUUGAGUGUUAGGUUUACGAUUUCCUGUAAUAAAUAAAUCCGUGGGAUUACGAUGGAGGAGAAGGCAUCACUCAAGGAGCUUGACCAGUGGAUAGAACAGUUAAAUGACUGCAAACAACUGACAGAAAGUCAAGUUAAAACUCUCUGCGACAAGGCUAAAGAGAUACUGGCCAAGGAGUCAAAUGUCCAGGAGGUAAAAUGUCCAGUAACAGUAUGCGGUGACGUUCAUGGACAGUUCCAUGAUCUGAUGGAGCUGUUUCGAAUAGGUGGCAAAUCCCCCGAUACAAACUACCUGUUUAUGGGUGAUUACGUCGAUCGUGGAUACUACUCCGUUGAGACUGUAACCCUUCUCGUUGCAUUAAAAGUGAGAUACCGGGAAAGAAUAACCAUUCUUCGUGGUAACCACGAGUCGAGGCAAAUAACACAAGUCUACGGUUUCUACGACGAGUGUCUACGUAAAUAUGGUAACGCCAAUGUGUGGAAAUUUUUUACCGAUUUAUUUGAUUUUCUGCCAUUGACUGCGCUGGUCGACGGUCAAAUAUUCUGUUUGCACGGGGGUCUGUCACCCUCAAUCGACACCCUUGAUCACAUUCGUGCACUAGAUCGUCUCCAAGAAGUGCCACACGAGGGACCAAUGUGUGAUCUUCUGUGGUCAGACCCUGACGACAGAGGAGGAUGGGGUAUCUCACCACGUGGGGCGGGAUACACAUUCGGCCAAGAUAUAUCUGAAACAUUUAAUCAUUCAAAUGGUCUGACUCUCGUAUCAAGGGCUCACCAGCUCGUCAUGGAGGGCUACAACUGGUGUCACGAUCGCAAUGUCGUUACAAUAUUCUCAGCCCCAAAUUACUGUUAUCGUUGCGGCAAUCAGGCUGCGAUUAUGGAGCUGGAUGAUGCUUUGAAAUAUUCAUUCCUUCAGUUCGAUCCAGCCCCAAGACGUGGCGAGCCACACGUAACCAGACGGACGCCCGACUACUUCCUGUAAGAUGGUUUCACCCCCUGGGAGGAUAGAUUUAUAAGGUAGGGGAUUGGAGUUGGCUUUCUAGUGAUGCCACAAAAACAAAAAAAAAAUUCAUACAAAAAUUCAAACAAAUAUUCAAUGAAUAAAGAAUAAACGAUGAAACAUGAAUAAUGAAGAUCCCUGCGCCAUUACAUAGCCCCCCAAGUAUUGUACGGCUGGCUCAACAGUGUUUAAUCAGUACGGGCCACGUGUUCAUGUCUGCUGAAACUGAAAAAGAGAUGAAAACAUUUCGAUAAACACAUUUAUCUAGACUAGACACAAACACUUUUACACCGGAGAACGAUAUAAACACGAGGGAUGAGGAAAAAAUCAUUGUAGACAUAAAUUAAACGGGAUAAAUCGAUUCACCGAUUGAGUUUAAUCUGCCAACUGAUGGCUUAUAUUUUUACGAAGUAGAAAUAGUACAAUUAAUACAACAGGAUGAGGACGUGUUGAUCAAUAAUAACUAGCCACGUGUCAGUGUGAGACUCUUGACUACUGGAAAAAAAAAACAACAACAAACAAACUUCUGAAACUCUUGAGCUGUUUGUCGAAUCGAUUGGAUGAGACAUUCAUUGUUGAGGGGACAUUUUUCAACAGCUGCUCUGCAUUACGAUUACAAUAUUUGUAUAGCUAUUUGUGACGUAAUUUUUUUUUUUAUGAAAAAAAUACGAGGAGUUGCGAAUAUUUGGAAUUAAUCGAGCAGUUGGAAAUGGGUUGAUGCAAUAGUGACUUGACCCGUACUAUUAAUUAACAGCCGAUGGAACUAAAAUUGAAAAUAAAUGAAAUAAAUGGUAAAUUGUGAGGUUUAGUGUUAGGUGUUUAAUCGUUCCUCGAUAAAUGAUGAUUUUAAAAUAAUGUGAAAAUGAAAUUAAUAGGAUUAAGAGUUGAGCAAUCGAGAUAAUCAAUUGUUGUCGGUGAAUUAAAGUUUUUCCAUGUGAGCUACAGCGGACCACUAUCACAAUACGCUCCUUCAAGACCAUUUAUAUUCUGUACAGACUGCAUCAUUUCAUUGAAUUCAUUGAUUAUUAUAUCCUCCAUAUUAUCUUUUUUUUUUCAUGGUAACGUAAUAAAUAAUACAAUUCAAAGGA